AAUUCUAUUCAUUUUGUCAUUCACACGAAGCCCCUCACUCUUUGUGACGAAACAGCUGAUUUUGUUUUGGUGUUUGAGUUUGGUACUUACCAAUGAUUCAUCCAUUCAGAAGCAAAUAGAAAAUCUAUUCGUUCUGUGAAAAUUGCGCAAAAUGUUCAAUAAUAUAUUUGGCAAGAAACCCACUGUCAAGGAGCAGCAACGCGAAAAUGAUCGCAGCCUAAGGAAGGCAACACGCGACAUCGAGCGAGAGCAACGCAAACUGGAGGAAGAGGAGAAAAAACUGAUGUUGGAUAUCAAACGGAAUGCAGCCUCUGGAAACAAUGAUGCAUGCCGCAUUUUGGCCAAACAAUUGGUGGAGAUACGAAAGCAGAAAUCUCGCAGCUAUGCAGCUUCUGGCAAAAUACAAUCCAUUGGAUAUCAGAACAAAAACAUGGGCGCCAACAUUGCACUGGGUGAAGCCAUGGGCACCACGGCCAAGACAAUGGCCAGCAUGAAUAAGGUGAUGCGACCGGAAGCCAUAGCGGGCACUGUGCGCGACUUCCAGCAGGCGAAUAUGCGCAUGGAGAUGACUGACGAGAUGAUCAACGAUACGCUCGAUGAUAUGCUAAACGAAUCGGGUGACGAGGAGGAGUCCAACGAUGUGGUCAACAAGGUACUCGAUGAAAUUGGCAUUGAAAUUUCUGGCAAAAUGUCGGGCAUACCAUCAACGGGCACGGACGAUCUUGAAGUAAGCACCUCGGCGGGCAAACGUACCGAAAAGGACAUUGCAGACCAGCUGGCAAAAUUACGCUCUUCAUAGUUGAUUAAUUAUUAUUAUAACAUUCAAAUUCACUGCGAUCUUAAUUCCUGUAUCUUCGAUUUUGUAACACUUUGCUAUAUUUGUAAGACAUAAUAAAUAAGUAUGCCUGAACCACUUUA